AUGCAUGGAAACAUUAAAAUGCUACUUUUGUUCAGCAGAUUUCACUACCUGCCACCACAAAGUGAUACUCACCAUCGUGUGAAGCAAAAGCACGAGCAUUACCGAUACAAAUACAAUAACUCCUUUUUUCUCUAUUCAUCCUCCUUGGUCUGGCAGCCGUCGUUGCUGCAGACAGCCGUGAGAUUUUCGCUUAUGGACCUCCUCAGGGUUCCUCCGAAGAGUCAUUCGAGUCGUAUGAGUCAGGAGAAGCCAAGUACGACUUCAAUUAUGCCGUUCAGCACGAAGACUCCGGCAACGACUUCGGAGAGGAAGCCCGUGACGGCGAACCACACUCAGGGAUCCUACUACGUGAGGCUUCCCGACAGCCGUCUGCAGAACGUCAAGUACUUCGUGGACGGCGACGACGGCUACGUGGCCGAGGUCAACUACGAGGGCGAGGCUCGUUUCCCUGAUUCCUACGAGUCUGCUUCCUUCGAAUCUGCUUUUUCGUCCCGGAGUACAAGCCACCAAGUCCCGUAUACACUUAUGACUCCAACGAGUAAAUUCUCGGAACUCGACCGCAAGUUAUGA